AUGGCUCUUUUGUGUCGAAGUCUGAGUCUGAGUCCGAGACCGAGUCCGAGCCAAAAGAUGACGCAGGGCUUUGUGUGUCGGAGUGUGGAGAGUGUUGGGCUUUUCGCCCUGGGCCGCUGCUGUCCCAAUGUACAGCCGAGUUAUGCCAUUGCAUUUUUCUAGGUUUCGUGCCUUCUGGGCCUGGCGAUGGCCGUGCCCCAAGGAUACAACUACCAGGCGCAGCAGCAACCCCAACUGUCGCAGGCUGGUCUGCUGCAGUUGCCCGCCAUUCCCCAGUUUGCCACCAUCGCAGAGCAGAACCUCCUCCAGCAGGCGCUUCAGAGCCCCAGAGUGAGUCAGGCGUUGUCUGGAGGCUCCGGAAGCACCAUCAGCUACCCAUCGGCGCCACAGCAAAACCAAGCUCCGCUCUACCAGCAGCAGCAGCAGCAACAGUCGGUGCUGCCGCAGCAAACGCAGCUGAAUGGAAACUUUGCGUACAACCAGCAGUCCCAUCAGCAUCAGUACCAGCAACCACAGCAGCAGCAGCAACAGCAUCUUGUCUCUAAAGAUAUUUAUGUUCAUGUGCCGCCCGCAGAGGACCCCGAGGAACACUAUCCCCAGCCUGCCCUGCCGAUUGCGCCACCACGCAAGCACUACCGCAUCGUUUUCAUCAAGGCGCCAACGCCGAGUGUCAGUAAAGCGGCAUUGCGUAUAAAGCAGGCGCCAGUGGAGGAGAAGACCAUCAUCUAUGUGCUGACCAAGAAGCCCGAUCCUCUGGACCUGCAGGCUGCCCUGGAGGAAGUCGCGCCCAAGCAGCCCAGCAAGCCAGAGGUCUUCUUCAUCAAGUACAAGACUCAGGAGGAAGCUGCGCAUGCGCAGCGCACCAUCCAAGCUCAAUACGACCAGCUAGGUGGAACUUCGCAGGUGUCAGACGAAGGAGUAGCGCCUGUCACAUCGGUGAUUGGAGUUCUGGACAGUCAGCGUACCAGUGGGGCCCCUGUCGGCGGGCUGACGGGCGUUGUGCCCACCAGAUAUUUGCCUGCCCAUCUGCGUACAUAGGAAUA